AUGGACAAACUACCGUUCCACUCCAAUAAAUAUGGGGACACCCUUGAAUCGACAAACCGUGACCGUCGUCCUAGCACAAAUACUUAUUUGUGUCGGAUCGGUGUCAUCGCGUUGCUCUUCAUCGGCUACCUUGUGCUUCUAAGGCCAUCUUCCUCAUGUACCGGCAUAGCGCACCAGACGGAGAGCUAUAAAGCCGCGGUUCAAGAAGAGUAUGACAACUACUUACAGCUGGAACGCUUUGCUUCUGAAGCACAGGAGACGCUUGAGCAAACUAAGAUACCGCUGGAGGCUCACAUCAUGAGCAAAUGCCCAGAUGCCCAGGACUGCUUACAAAAACUUGUUCUACCUGCCAUGGAAAAAAUAAGUGACAAGGUGGACUUCAAACUAUCAUUUAUUGCUAGCGUGUCUAAAAAUUCUGAAGAGAUAGAGUGCAUGCAUGGUCCAGGUGAAUGCAUCGGCAACAUGCUCAUGCUCUGUGCGGCCAACCUUCCUUUCCCUCCAACUGCGGACGAAGCAUCUCUUCCAUCUCAAUAUCCACGGACCCCUAUUAUCCGGUCGCUAGGGUUCGCAAAUUGUCUGAUCAAUGACUAUGCACGGAUACCAGACCGCGAAUUUGUCCACCAGUGUGCGUUGGAGCAUGGGAUUGACUUUGACUCCUUAAACAAGUGUGCAAGCCAACAGAAUGAUGACCCGAACGAUGGCAAGGAUGGCGGACCACCACUUAGUGGCCUUGCGCUGCUUCGCGAAAGCGCUACACACGGCGAACAACUUGGCGUCAAGACUAGUUGCACAGUACGUCUCGACGAUGCUGUGUGGUGCAUCCGCGAUAGCAACGAAUGGAAGAACUGUGCCCAGAAUGGAGAAGGCAGCCAACCCUCAGCCCUGGUCGACCAAGUCGAAAAGCUCUGGAAGGAGAGACAAUCGUUCCUUAAUUUCCCAUAUGAUAGGAUUAACUCAUAG